AGUAUUUUUUAAACGUAUAUUAUUUGAUCUGAGUUUGAUUCAGACUGAAGGAAUUUUCGACCAAAAAGUUUAAACUAAAUCCAAUUAACGACGUAAACUUCAAAUAGCUGCUCAAAAAUGAUGAGAAAGAAAAAAAAACGAGACUACUGUGCGGCUUAAUCUGCGCUAAAGACAUUUCUUUAUUUAUAUAAUUUCAGUGUCUUCUAUCAUUUUAGAUUACGCUAACAAAUUCUUGCCUUUUAACAUACUUCAUGUUUCACUUUUCCAGAAUUGUCUUAAUAUUGCCGUGAAAGAUAUAGGUACAGUUUCUUGAUCAAGGAUUUGAAACUAGUAAAGCGGUCACUAAAGCAUACUGAAGAAGGUGACAAGACUGAUCAUUGAUUAAUUAAGAGGCUUGCGAGACCCUAACUGCGAUCGGGAAAAGAUGACGUCCUCGCUGAAAGUGCUGGUGGUGCUGGGCAGCAUGAGGGAGGGCAGGAUGGCCGACCGUGUCUCCAAGUUCAUCCAAAAUAAAGUCAAGCAAGCUGGUCACUCACCCACGGUCCUAGACCCUGAGGCGUUGCCAAAUGAGGGCACGGUCGUUUGUCCUCUUCAUUUUCACCGAGACCCUUCGAAAAUUCCUCAGUGGAUGACCGAUACCAAUGAGAUAAUUAAGGGCAGCGAUUGCGUGAUUGUUGUGACGCCGGAGUACAACUGUGCGCCUCCUCCUGCUCUUCUCGCUGUCUUUAACAACUUUCCUCCCGCUUCAUUCCGGCACAAGCCUGUGUCCAUCGUCUGCUACUCGAUAGGUCAGUUCGGCGGGCUACGCGCCGCGGCGCUGGUUCUGCCGUUCUUCAACGAACUCGGUCUCGUUCCUCUCCCCAAGAGCGUCGUAAUCCCCAACGUGCCGCAGAAGUUGUCAGAGGAUGGCACGUGUCUGGAGGAGCGCGUGAGUGUCAGCGCUGACGCCCUCGUCAGGGAGAUGACGUGGUACGCUAACGCCCUCAACGCCUACGCCGCUACCGUCCCACCGCCGCCCAAACAGUAACCGCGCGUGCGGUCAACCUGACGGCCUCUUAUGGCAAUUAUUCAGCACGUUAACGUAACUUCAGUAGAUACUUGUUGUUGUUUCAUCAUUCAUCUUUUGCUGCAUCGUUCAUCUUCUACUGUUGCUUCAUCAUUCAUCUUCUACUGUUGCUUCAUCAUUCAUCUUCUACUGUUGCUU